AUGUCGAGCACCUUCCUCUGUGCUUGCAUUAACCAGGCACGGCAGAUGAGAGCACCCUACUCGCUGUCCUGCCUCUUCCUCCUGAGCCUGGGGACCUGCUUCCCCCGCAGCGAGCGGCAGGAGCUGGGAGACCCCAGGGAAGGGACGGCGCUCAAGCCCAGCUGGCCAGCGGUGGCCGAGGACUCGGGUGCCGGCUGGAGGGCAGGAGGGACGCGGAGCAGCGGCGAGGGGCUGAGCAGGCUGCUGGGCAUCGCCCGGGGGCUGCGGGGCCACGGCAAGGAGGGCAGCGGGCAGCGGCUGGGCAGGCAGGGGGGGCUCCCGCUGCUGCCGGCCGGAGGGGAGAAGCGCAGCGGCACGCUGGGGGACCUGGCCGAGGAGCUCACGGGCUACAACAGGAAAAAAGGGGGUUUCACCUUCCGCUUCGGGAGAUGA